AUUUUGAAUCCCUCCCUCUUUUUUCCCUCCCGAACGAAACCCUUGAAAUCGCUUUGAAGAAUCUCUAAACCUAAUUUUCCAAAUCGAAAUCGAUUGGCUGAAGAGAAAACAGGAAGAAGAUGAUGCAGAUGUUGGGAUUCCGAGGUGGAUCCGCGUCGAAAGAGCGGGAUCAUUCUCCGAUGGCGGCGUCCCCUUCGAACCCUAAUUUGGAUGAUUCCAGCCCUGGCUCUGGUUUUGGUUCUUCUUCUUCUUCUUCCGUGGAGGUUAAUGGUGUGGUUGGGGCCCCGAGGCCGCUUCGGCUGGUCUAUUGUGACGAAAAAGGAAAGUUUCAGAUGGACCCGGAGGCUGUCAAGGCGCUGCAGUUGGUAAAGGGCCCUCUUGGUGUUGUUUCCGUCUGUGGACGCGCUCGCCAGGGCAAGAGUUUCAUUCUUAAUCAGCUUCUUGGGAGGAGCAGUGGAUUUCAAGUGGCUUCCACUCAUCGGCCAUGUACAAAGGGGCUCUGGAUGUGGAGCGCACCAUUAAAGCGGACUGCUCUGGAUGGAACUGAGUAUAACCUUUUGCUGUUGGACAGUGAAGGAAUAGAUGCUUAUGAUCAAACGGGGACUUACAGUAUCCAGAUAUUCUCUUUGGCUGUUCUUUUAUCAAGCAUGUUUAUUUAUAACCAGAUGGGUGGCAUAGAUGAAGCAGCACUUGAUCGUCUAUCUUUGGUCACUGAAAUGACAAAGCAUAUUCGUGUUAGAGCUUCUGGUGGAAGGUCCACUGUGUCAGAGCUUGGGCAAUUUUCUCCAGUCUUUGUUUGGCUGUUGAGGGACUUUUAUCUUGAUUUAGUUGAGAAUAAUCAGAAGAUUUCUCCUCGGGAUUACCUUGAGUUGGCUUUGAGGCCUGUGCAAGGUGGUGGAAAAGAUAAUGUAACGGCAAAGAACGAGAUUCGAGAGUCUAUCCGUGCUCUUUUCCCUGACAGGGAAUGCUUUGCCCUCGUGCGGCCUUUGAACAAUGAAAGUGAUCUCCGACGUCUAGAUCAAUUACCUUUAGAUAGAUUACGACCAGAGUUUAGAUCAAGUUUGGAUGAACUGACAAGAUAUGUCUUUGGAAGGACCAGACCUAAACAAGUAGGAUCAACAGUAAUGACUGGACCUGUUCUUGCUGCUAUCACACAGUCAUUCUUGGAUGCACUAAACAGUGGUGCAGUCCCCACGAUAUCCUCUUCUUGGCAGAGUGUUGAAGAAGCAGAAUGUCGUAGAGCAUAUGAUUCUGCAGCAGAGACGUAUAUGUCUUCCUUUGACCGCACUAGACCAGCAGAGGAGGUGGCUUUAAGAGAAGCGCAUGAAGAUGCAGUUCAAAAAUCACUUGCUGCUUAUAAUGCUUCUGCUGUGGGUACUGGUUCGGCGCGCUUGACUUAUGAAAAACUUCUGCAGACUUUUGUCAGAAAGGCCUUUGAGGAUUACAAGAGAAAUGUCUUUUUGGAGGCAGAUUUGCAGUGUUCAAAUAUCAUUCAGAGCAUGGAAAAGAAGUUGAGGGCCGCUUGUCAAGUUCCUGAUGUGAAAUAUGAUACUGUGAUCCAGGAAUUGGAGACCUUGAUCUCUGAGUACGAGUCAUCUUGUCAUGCUCCAGGCAAAUGGAAAAAGCUCGCUGUUUUCCUACAACAAUGCCUCGAGGGGCCAAUCUUGGACCUUUUCAAGAAGCAACUUGGUCAGGUGAAAUUGGAAAGACGCAGUCUGCUGUUAAAAUGCCAAUCAACUGAAGAAAAAUUUAUAAUGCUUGAAAAGCAACUUGAGGCAAGUGAAAAGCACAGUAAUGAUAACUUGAAGCGCUAUGAGGAUGCUAUUGGUGAUAAGCAAAGGCUUUCCAAGGAAUACUCCAAUCAUGUUUCUAAUUUGAAAAGCAACUACAGCACAUUAGAGGAGCGACAUCAGAGUACACUGAAAGCUUUGGAAAAUGUGCAAGCUGAGUCAUCUUAUUGGAAGCAGAAGUAUGAACAGAGAUCUUCAGAAAAGAAGAAUGAGGAGGAGAAGUUGUACUCUGAAGCUGCGGCCCUGAAAACCAGGAUAGAUGCUGCUGAAGGUAAGCUGUCUGCUGCUCGCGAACAGGUGAAGUCUGCUAAUGAAGAGGCAUCAGAGUGGAAACGCAAAUAUGAUGUUACUGUUAGAGAAACUAAAAGUGCUCUAGAGCGGGCAGCAUUAGCACAGGAGCGCACCAAUCAUAAGACACAGGAAAGGGAGGAUGCUCUAAGGGUUGAGUUUACUAGCCUAUUGGAGAACAAGGAAGAGGAGAUCAAGCAUAUGGCUGUCAAGAUUGAAAAUUCUGAGAACCGGAUGAAUAAUUUGAUGAGAGAAUUGAAGGCUGCUGAGUUCAAAUUAGAAAGCUAUGACAUUGAGGUUACUGGCCUGAAGGAUGAGAUUAAAGUUUUGAACGAGAUGUUGAAUCCCCUUAAAACUAAAGUUCAGUCACAUAAAGAGGAGAUGACAAUACUGGAACAAGAUAGGGAUUUUCUACAGGAGAAACUUAUUUCCGAGUGUAAGAAAUAUGAUGAAGCAGACCAAAGGUUGAGAGAUGCUGAGAGGGAAGCAAAAAGGGCAACGGAGUUGGCUGAUGCUGCUCGAGCAGAGGCUGCCGCUGCUCAAAGAGAGAAGAGUGAGGCCCAGCAGUUGGCAGUGGAGAGAUUGGCAACUAUUGAAAGGACUGAGAGGCGUGUUGAUUCUUUGGAAAGAGAAAGGCACACACUGCAGAAGGAAAUUGAAAGGUUACUGAAGGCUGAAAUGGAUGCAAUGUCCAAGGUUGCAGAACUUGAGUUAAAGGUUGGUGAUAGGCAGAGAGAGAUCACAGAUAUGUUGAACCAGAACAAUGAGCAAAGGUCAGGCACAGUCCAAGUGCUCGAAAGCCUUUUGGAAACAGAACGUACAGCUCGAAAUGAAGCCAACAGGAGGGCAGAGGCAUUAUCCUUACAGCUGCAGGCAACUCAAGGAAAACUUGAUACACUCCAACAACAGCUGACAUCUGUGCGUCUUAAUGAAACUGCACUGGAUGGUAAACUUAAAAUGACACAUGGUAAACGAUCAAGAGUCGAUGAUCUUAUUGCAACUGGAUCAGUCCAGGACAUGGAUGUUGAUCAGGUGGUGAAGGGAAAAAAGAGAUCCAAGAGCACAACCAGUCCCUCCAAACACAAUCAAACUGAGGAUGGGGAUUCUGUCAUUAGAGAAGAAGAUGAUAAUAACCAGAGUCAGGAAGGCAGUGAAAUGGGGUCAAGCAGUUAUUUUAGGUUCACCAUCCCAAAACUGAAGCAAGAGCUUACAAAGCACGGUUUCGGCGCGCAACUUCUACAGCUUAAGAAUCCAAUUAAGAAAGAUAUUCUUGCUCUAUAUGAAAAGCUUGUCCUUGAGAAAUAGAUGAGAUUUUUUUAAGUAGUUAAUCAUCAAUUGAUUGUGAUAAAUAUGUAAUCAAGUGAUAGCUUAAGAUGUUAUGCUUUUGAUUUUGCUGCCUGUACUCAUAUCAUAUCUGGUUUUAUUUUUACUGUCUGGACGUCUAUGUACACUGU